CCCGCCCCUCCCCGCGCGCCGGCGUCCACUCCCAGCGCGGAGCUGUGAACACCUGCGACACGCGCGUGCCGCCGGGCCGGGUGUCUGAGAGGGGCGACGGGCGGCCGGGCGCCCUCGGGAGAAUCAGUGACCAUGGUGCUCAACAGCUUGGAUAAGAUGGUUCAGCUCCAGAAGAACACGGCCAACAUCAGAAACAUCUGCGUUUUGGCUCACGUUGACCACGGGAAAACCACCCUGGCGGACUGUCUCAUAUCCAGCAACGGAAUCAUCUCCAGCCGCCUGGCGGGCAAGUUGCGGUACAUGGACAGCAGGGAGGAUGAGCAGGUCCGCGGCAUCACCAUGAAAUCCAGCGCCAUCUCCCUGCAUUAUGCGGAAGGGAACGAGGAGUACCUGAUCAACCUGAUAGACUCCCCGGGGCACGUGGACUUCUCCUCCGAGGUGUCGACGGCCGUCCGCAUUUGCGACGGGUGCAUCAUCGUGGUGGACGCCGUGGAGGGAGUCUGUCCACAGACCCAGGCGGUUCUGCGACAGGCGUGGCUCGAGAACAUCCGCCCGGUGCUCGUGAUUAACAAGAUAGACCGCCUGAUCGCGGAGCUGAAGUUCACCCCGCAGGAGGCCUACUCCCACCUCAAGAACAUUUUGGAACAGGUCAACGCGCUCACGGGGACGCUCUUCACCUCCAAAGUCCUGGAGGAGAGAGCAGAGAGAGGCGGCGAGCGCCAGGGCAGCCCCCGGGCCGACGCGGCCGAGCUGGUGUACGACUGGAGCGCGGGCCUGGAGCACACGGACGACUCGCACCUCUACUUCGCCCCCGAGCAGGGCAACGUGGUCUUCGCCAGCGCCAUCGACGGCUGGGGCUUCGGAAUCGAGCACUUUGCCAACAUCUACAGCCAAAAAAUUGGCAUAAAAAAGGAAGUCCUUCUGAAAACACUGUGGGGAGAUUAUUACAUAAACAUGAAGGCUAAGAAGAUUAUGAAGGGCGAUCAGGCGAAAGGGAAGAAGCCGCUGUUCGUGCAGCUGAUCCUGGAGAACAUAUGGAGCCUGUACGACGCCGUGCUGAAGCGGGACAAAGAAAAGAUCGACAAAAUAGUGACCUCCCUGGGACUCAAGAUUGGAGCCCGGGAAGCUCGGCACGCAGACCCCAAGGUGCAGAUCAGCGCCAUCUGCAGCCAGUGGCUGCCCGUCUCCCGCGCCGUCCUCGCCAUGGUGUGCCGGAAGCUCCCCAGCCCCCUGGACAUGGCGCCCGAGCGGGUGGAGAAGCUGAUGUGCGCGGGGUCCCAGACGUUCGAGUCCCUCCCCCCGGAGACCCAGGCGCUGAAAGCAGCGUUCAUGCGGUGCGGGAGUGAGGACACGGCCCCGGUCAUCGUCUUCAUUUCCAAGAUGUUUGCGGUCGACGCGAAGGCUCUGCCCCAGAACAGGCCGCGGCCCCUGACUCACGAAGAGAUCGCGGAGAGGCGAGAGCGCGCAAGGCAGAGGCACGCGGAGAGGCUCGCGGCGGCGGCCCAGGGCCAGGCGCCCGUGGGGUCCCCCCCGGACGGGAGCGCCCCGGACGGGAGCCCGGAGGGAGAGGAGCCGAAAGGCGAGGAGCAGCAGCAGGCGGAGAGCGUGACCCCCGACCCCGGGCCGCAGGACGAGAGCGGCCAGGAGACGUUCGUGGCGUUCGCCCGGGUGUUCAGUGGCGUGGCGCGGAGAGGACAGAGCAUCUUCGUCUUGGGGCCCAAGUACAGUCCGGCCGAGUUUCUGCAGCGGGUGCCACGAGGCUUCUCGGCCCCGCCGGACGACCUCCCGCCGGUCCCGCACAUGGCGCGCUGCACGCUGGAGCACCUGUACCUGCUGAUGGGGCGAGAGCUGCAGGACCUGGAGGAGGUGCCGCCAGGGAACGUGCUAGGGAUAGGGGGCCUCCAGGACGUCGUGCUCAAGUCCGCCACCCUGUGCAGCUCGCCCGCCUGCCCGCCCUUCGUCCCGCUCACCUUCGAGGCCACCCCGAUCGUGAGGGUUGCUGUGGAGCCGAAACACCCAAGUGAGAUGCCUCAGCUCGUCAGAGGGAUGAAGCUGCUGAACCAGGCGGACCCCUGUGUGCAGGUUCUGAUCCAGGAGACGGGCGAGCACGUGCUGGUGACGGCAGGGGAGGUGCACCUGCAGCGGUGCCUGGACGACCUGACGGAGAGGUUUGCGAAGAUUCAAAUCAGUGUGUCUGAACCCAUCAUCCCGUUCAGAGAAACGAUCACCAAACCCCCCAAAGUGGACAUGGUCAAUGAAGAAAUCGGCAGACAGCAGAAAGUGGCCGUCAUACACCAAACGAAAGAGGAUCAAAGCAAAAUCCCCGAGGGGAUCCAGGUGGACUCCGACGGGCUUAUCACCAUGACUACCCCUAACAAGUUAGCCACCCUCAGUGUCCGGGCCCUGCCCCUCCCGGAGGAGGUCACCCGGGUGCUGGAAGAGAACAGCGACUUGAUUCGCUCCAUGGAGCAGCUGGCCUCGUCCUCGAACGAGGGCGAGAGCGCUCAGGUGAUGCACCAGAAGACCCGAGAGAAGAUCGGGGAGUUCAAAGGGAAACUAGAGCAACACCUGACAGGGAGGAAAUGGAGGAACACCGUUGACCAAAUCUGGUCCUUUGGCCCAAGAAAAUGUGGGCCCAACAUACUGGUAAAUAGAAGUGAAGAUUUUCAGAGCUCUGUGUGGACCGGCCCGGCCGGCAAAGCGGCCGGAGAAGCCAGCAGGUACCGCGACGUGGCCAACAGCAUCGUGAGCGGCUUCCAGCUGGCCACGCUCUCCGGCCCCAUGUGCGAGGAGCCGCUCAUGGGCGUCUGCUUCAUUCUGGAAAAGUGGGACCUCAGUAAAUUGGAGGAACAGGGAGCAAGUGAUAAACAGGGUCAGGGUCUGGAGGAAGAGGGGCAGGAGGAAGGCGCGGCCCGUUCCGGGGGAGAGGAGAGCCUGGCGCUGCGGGACGGCCCCUCGGGGCCCGGGGAGAAGAGGACGCCCCAGAAAGCAGAGUCGUCCCUGCCCGACUGCUACGGGCCCUUGUCGGGGCAGCUGAUUGCCACCAUGAAGGAGGCCUGUCGCUAUGCCCUGCAGGUGAAGCCGCAGCGCCUGGUGGCGGCCAUGUACACGUGCGACAUCAUGGCGACCAGUGACGUUCUGGGCCGGGUGUACGCCGUGCUGUCGAAGCGCGAGGGCCGCGUGCUGCAGGAGGAGAUGAAGGAGGGCACGGACAUGUUCAUCAUCAAGGCCGUGCUGCCCGUGGCCGAGAGCUUCGGCUUCGCCGAUGAGAUCCGGAAGCGGACGAGCGGCCUGGCCAGCCCGCAGCUGGUGUUCAGCCACUGGGAGGUCAUCCCCAGCGACCCCUUCUGGGUGCCCACCACGGAGGAGGAGUACCUGCACUUCGGCGAGAAGGCGGACUCGGAGAACCAGGCGCGGAAGUACAUGAACGCCGUGCGCAAGCGCAAGGGCCUCUGCGUGGAGGAGAAGAUCGUGGAGCACGCGGAGAAGCAGAGAACGCUCAGCAAAAAUAAGUAGCUGCCCCGGUGGGUCCUCGGCCUCUAAUAAACCAAGGAGGAGCCCCAGGGCUCGGCCCGGGAAACUCGCGUCUG